ACCUCAUGUGUUAGCGUAACUGGUAGUCGGCUCUUGACCUGGAUUGCUGACCUUGAAAAGUGGGUUGGGAGUUUGUUUAAGCAAGUGACAAGUGUACGGAAUGUGGUUGUUCGCAGAGUCUUGAAUGUGGAAAUUCCUACAUUGUCAAGAUGCCUGGAAUUGACUUUCUACGGCUUGAAGAUGCAAGGGAAGAUUCACCCCAGGCAAAGUCUAUGCUUGGACUUUUUGAGGAAGACACUGCCCUGUUUACUAAUUACGUCAGUGGUUUGCUGGCUGCUUGCAGGAAGGUGGUUGACUGUGAGAAUGAGUUGUCCAUUGCUAUCCAGGCCUUGUCUCAGAAACUUCAAGAUUAUGAAAAAUUGCACUUUCCAUUGGGCAGAGAUGACAGUAUUUUGGCCUCAACUCUCAAGCAGUUUUCAAGGACAAUGGAAGAGGUUAGCUCUGUUCACACUGCUCAUUCCACUCAACUGAAUGACUUGAUGGUUCAACCACUGUCCUCAUUCACCAAUAGUGACCUGACAGAAAUCACAAAUAUGAAAGAACUCAACCGGAUGUUAGAACAAGAACACGAAAAUGCAAUAGUAAAGUACUGCCGAGUUUCAAAGAAGAAAGAGAAUGAAACCAAAGCAAGAAUAGAUGCAAAUGAUGAGUUAUAUUCGUGCAGAAAGAAGCUUUUACAGAAUUCUCUCAACUACUACAAUUCUUUGAACUUGUUGCAAUACAAACGCACCAGUAACUUGCUGCAGCCCAUGCUGGGAUUCUUCCAAGCUCAGCUAAUGUUGUUUCGAUUAGGCAAGGAGACUUUGACCAAACAGACAGAGGACUACCUAGCAAAUAUCACUGAGAGUUUACAGAGUGUCCACUCAGAGUUGGGUCAGCUUUCCCAGCGAUCCAGUGAUAAGAUACUUGAGAUUACAGAGAAUUCAACCUAUUACUACAUGCCUGAACCCACACCAGACAUGCAGAUGCAGCCUAGACCUGUCAAUACCGGAUUCAGUCAGAUAGCUGGAUAUCUCAUGAUUAGAAGCAAAUCGGGUUUGACUCACCGAUGGGAGAGACAAUAUUUCUUCACCCAAGGCGGAAACCUGAUGAGUCAUGCCAAGGGACAGAUUGCUGGAAGUUUAGUUAUAGACUUGGAUGGUUGCACAGUCAAUGCAGCGGAAAUUGAUGAUCGCCGAUUCGCUUUUCAGAUUACUAGGCCUGAGGAUGCCAAAAAGUUGGUUAGCCUUCAAUGUAUGAGUGGAUCUGACAGAGAAGAGUGGAUUGCUACCAUACGUAACAUCUCCAGUGGAUUCUACAUGCCAGAGAAACCACCUCAGAGUAACAUCCCUCAGACUCAAGCUGUUGGAGAUGCACGAUCCCGAGCCUUCAGUGCCCCACCCACAGCUUGGGCAGUCCCCGUCCCAUCAACCCAAGGAGGAAGUGGUGGUGAAGGCACCAUUACCACACCCACCGGUGGGACCCGCCCCAAGCAGCCUAUGUCUCUGUCCAAUGUGCCCCAGAAACAACGAGCAGACAGUUAUAAGCAUAGUGGAAAGGAGAAGUCCCUGUCAAGUGAUAUUAGCCGUUCCAGCAGCCAGGACAUCCCUGCCACCCCACCACCCUCUCCCCUUGAUUCUGUGCUGUCCACUACACCAAUCCAGUUUGAUAUGAUCACACCAAGUGAAGAGCAACCUCCAGCGAUGCCUAGAUAUGCUCCACCCACAAAAGAGGGAUCUCAGAGGAGAGUGAACCCAUUUGAUGAUAAGCCUUUGGAAUCCAGGCCCAUUCAAGUUUUAGGAGCCACUGAUCCGGUUGGCUACAUACAGACAUAUCUCCUGAGGUUCUUGGGAUCCAUGGAGGUCAGACGAGACAAAGGAUUAGACAUCAUCAUGGAUACCAUACGCAAGAUCAUGGCUGCCAGGGCAAUCCAUAACAUCUUUAAGAUGACAGAGCUGCACCUUAUUGUGACCAGCCAGUCUAUAAGACUACUGGAUUCAUCUAAGCAAGUAGUCAAGGCUCACCAUGACCUGACUGAUGUGUCAUUCUGGGCUGCACACCAGGAAAACAAAAGGUUAUUUGCAUUUAUCACACGUCGGCAUGGGGCCAGGCACCAGCCACAGUUCAUAUGUCAUGUCUUUGAGGCCGAUGUGGCAGCUGAGGAAAUAUGCCAGGCCAUCAGUCUGGCUGCUGACAUUGCAUUUCAGGCUUUGCUCCAGCAACGCACCACAGCCCUUGCACAAGGUCAGACACAAGACAAGGGAGACUCAUCAAACUUAGUGUUAGAAGCACCAAGUAACCCACCAGUUAAUCGGUACAAUCAACCACCGUUCCACAGCAGGCACCAGGGCCAAAUACUAUCACCACAACCAGACCAACAGGUAUUGCAGCCUGGUCAAACCCAGUUGCAGCUUGACCAAACCCAGUUACAACCCAGCCAAGCCCACAGUCUACCACAGUUACAACAGAACCAGCCUCCAACACAUCCCAGUCAACCUGCUGGGUUCAUACCGGUCUACACAAUGCCUUCAGUGGAUCAGCACAGUAACCAACAACCAACAGGGCCAGCUUACAACUCCAAUGGGAACAACAGCACCUAUGGUGGCUCAGCCUGCUCUCUCCAGGGUCCCAUUGCAAGUGGACUGGAAGGUUUGAAUCUUGGGCAUGGUUUAAGAGGAAGAGUCGAUAGCUUGAAACUAGCUGAUGAGUCAGAUGCCUAGAGGUAUAGUGGCUUGAAUUAGUAGGUAAGCAGCUCACUUUGAGGCUUUGUUCACUAAGUCAUGUUUUGCUCUAUCACCGAAGACAAGGCAGUUUGUUUCCUAUCUGUAGAAUAGGAUGGACUGACUACUGAAGAUAAAUAAAAUCUUUUGUUCCCCCAUCUUUCUUUCAUUGUAAAGUAAAAAAAACAGGCACAUGUCUACACAUCAGUACAUAGGUUAGCAUUAUACAGUACAUCACAAUCUGUACACAAAGCAAAGACUGAGCAUAACAGCAUCACAUGCCAUUCACUUGUCUCCAUCCUAAAGGAGUGCAGCCUAACCAAAUUGAAUAACUGCAUAGUUAACACGCAUGUGCACUAAAAGCAGAAAUGUAGUCAUUUCUUGGCCACCGGAGUUUGGAUGAGGCUCAGUGACAGUUUUGUGCCUGAAUUAUCAAUUUAUCUGUAUUAUUGUAAAUGAAGACAUGGCAGUGAUCGAUGAUAUUCGUUCAUGUGUUACAGAUUAUCCAUGCAGAUCUCUAUAGUUUGGUGCUUUGGCUAUUGGUUAAUAUAUUCAGAGUGCAUAUUUUUGGAGUUACCAGCUAGAUGUUUUUGUUAAAUAACUGGAUUUUAUUCUGAACAGCCACAUAUAUUUUGUAUCUUGAGAAAAUGGAAAAAAAAUGUAAAUAUUUAAGCACAGGUGUUAACAUGAUGCAAGAAAAAAGUUACCCCAAGGAUAAAAAAAUCCAUUCCACACAUCAAUAAACAAGUUUGUACACAACUUCAACAUGGAUCUCUUCUAUCUUAACCCGUUGUGCAAGCUGAGUAACCCCCUUCGGUUCUGUACAUAGCUUUCUAUCGUGGAAAACUUUCAACACUUACUUGAGGGCAAAUGCAAUCAAGGACCAUAGUUAACCAUAGUUCAACCAUCGAAGGACACAGGAGUUUGAACUGCCCAGGCUAUAACAUCUGGCCAAGUACCGCUUUCUGGCAUGCCCAGUGCAUGUAUGUCCAUAUCAAGAGCACUGCGAAUGCUUACCACGCACCAUCUGUUUCAUAUCCAUGAAACCCAUUUGUACCCUAUGAUCGCCGCCGCAAUUUGUUGAUGGUAAUCUGCAUCCUUAAAAACUUUGCGCACUGAGUUAUAGGAAAUUGAAUAUUCGUGUCUUUGUUAGUGAUUGGUAUGAUCUCUUAUCAUCAAAUUUAAUGCUUGUGCAGUUGCUUGUAUUACGCUGUGUGCCCUAAAUGAACAUGCGCAGUCAUUACCCUUAAUCCUAACCCUCCUCAAUCCUUCACCUGUUGGAGGACUGAGGAGUGUUGGGGUUAAUGAGCUCUCUCUUCUGGAGUUAUUGUGGGAAUAAAUAGCCCCAUUGUUUACAAGAUUUUGUGUUUAGUUUGAAUCAUUGUUAUUAUGGCAUUUGAACAAAAGUGUAUUUUACGAGAUUCCAUGAUCACUCCCCAGAUGAAAUGGCACAUUUUGUUCCUUAUGUACUUAGCUUUCCAGUAGUGGCCAACAUUUUGUUGGCCAGUCUUAGCCAAAUUCAUACCAAGUCUUUGAACACCAAUGUAUUGAGGGAGGAGAAUAAAGUUACAAACUCUGCAUGGAUAAUGGAA